UUACUUUGCACUACGAAGUGUACGAAAAAAUGGCAUUUCCAAAUAACGGGGAUCAUCUCUCAUUCGGAGACAAAAACAUCGGAUUAACAACAAUAAACAACUGGCAGAAACAUAACAGCGAAAUACUAAAAGGCGACAUCAUAGGAAAAACUGAUAAAAACACGUCAAUAACAAAAAACUGCAUCGUCAAAGUGAACCAAACAUCUUGCAACGACUUUAGCGACAGCACAGACCAACUCAAACACAGAUCCAGACACAUCAACUAUUGGAAAUCUGAAUUGGAAAGAGCCAUACGGGACAUCGAUGCAGAAAUAAACGUUCUAGAAACUUUACGUCAGCAAUUAAAAAACGCAAUCGAUACAUUGAAGAUCCCAGAAUACAUAACAGAGGAAUGUCUUAACUUACGGCGCAAUAGAAUGCAAUCUGACACCGUUUACGACGAGCCAGAAGACGCUUUAUACAACGAAUCAGUUUUAAUACAAAACGUUAAAAGACUACAAGCGGAUAUGCUAAGAGAUAUUGAGAGUCAAAUGAACAUGAACAUAGCCGCGAAAGAAGCUCUAGAACGCGACUGGAGCAACAAAUAUCUUGCUUUCAAAUAUGAAACCCAUAAUUCAGAACUGCAAACUAAAUCCAGUAAUGUCAAAGACUCAGCUGGUUCUACGAGAUUAUGCGAAGGACAAUCCAACGUGCAAUCAUGGGAGCAAUUCACAGUGAACGCGUUACAACAAUUCAAAACUGCUAUAGACAAAUCGAAGGCAUUGAGAGAAAGAGUUGACGCAUGUCUCAUAAAUUCAUCACGCGAUUUGCGUUCGCAAGAUAUAGCUGUUGACAAGGCGUUAAGUGCUAGAAUCGCGCGCACUGAUCAAGUGAGAAUCGAACUAGAGAACCAGUUAAAACUGACGCUAUCAAAGAUAGUGGAAACAGAGAACAUUCUGGAAACUCUACACGAGGAAAUGUUGAAGGUAUCGCAGAGGAUUCAAGUUGCGCAAACGAGAUUGAACGUUAAGAACUGUAGGCCGAACGUCGAAAAUUGUAGGGAGGGAUCUCUAAUCGGUUUGAUUGAAGAAAUACGCGAUUUGAAUGACAGUAUGAGUCUGUUACAAAGACGUAGUUUAGAAACGGAGAAAUUAAGAGCGGAGUUGAUACACGAAAGAGGUAAAUUGGAGAAUGAAAUAAUUGUAAAGAAAAAAACACUGCAUAUAGAUAACGAGCGGUGUUUGUUUUUGAGAUCGUAUUUUCAGUCCGCUGAGAAGUUAUGCGGGUUUUAG